AUGCCCGUCAAGCAGCUCGACACGCCAUACCCACUGAUCGAUGCGGAUCCGCACUUUUCGCGCGUGGUGCGCAGUUUCCGCGGUUCGGACUACGCCGCCUGGGCGGGAGCGACUGCCGCUUUCCCGUCGGCGAUCUAUAUGAUGGAGCUGUUUGAUCCGACUCGACCCAAGCGCGGGCUGGGCAGUGCGCUGCGUCUGUCGUCGUUCCUGGGGCUGUGCGGUGGCUUCCUGUUUGCCUACCAGCGCUCCUCGUUCCGCUUCUGGGGCUGGCGCGAGAACGAGAUCGAGCAGCAGGCCAACAAGGCUGCGCUCGACGCGGGGAUCAAGCCUCCCGGUACCGAUCCGAGCAAGAGCGACCUCAGCGAGUACAUGCAGGGCGUCGCCCACAGGAACUCGGCCUUCUCCCAGUUGAAAUUCAGCACGCUGCCUUGGUUCAACCUGGUCGACCACCCAUACCACGGAACGCAGCAGGAAUCGUCGUCGUCGUCGUAG